AUGGUGGCGGCCAGGGGCGCGGCAUUGGACCACAUGGUUGAGGAGGGCGGUGCGUCGACCAAUUGCGAGGAGGCGAACAACGACGCUGGCGGGCCUGACAUGGUGCACGCCAUGCUGGACAGCCUCCGCGAGGAGGCGGCGGAGCUGUGGCACAAAGGCGGCGGCCCAGCGCUGCUCGAGAUGGGGCAGCCCACCGCAGAGUACGCGCACCACCUCCAGCUGUUCACGCACCGGCUGCUGGCGGAGGCGCUGCAGGACAUGCUCAACGACCAGACAGAAGGGUCUGUCGAGCCCACGGCGCCCGAGAAGGAACCCCCGCUGGCAGCAGACAAACCCGACCCGGCGUCGGCGGGGCUGGCAGGGGUGCUCGAGAGGCGAGACAAGCUGAGCGAGGUGCGCAAGAAGGAUUCGCCCGAGGAGAGCGACGAGCUUGGCCAGGCGGCGCGCGAGCACGCGCAGCACGUGCAGCGGCUUCUCGUCGAGUCCAAUCUGCGCGACGGGAAGCCGCAGCGCACGCUGGCCGCGGCCAGCGAGCGGCUGGAGGAGCCACUGUCGUGGGAGGCGCCUGAGCCGCGCGCCGGCGCCGCGGGGCCGCCGAUCGCGAGACCUGCACUGUACGGCAACCUCUACCUCACAGAGCCGCCGUUGCGGCUGCGCUGCGUGGCCGACGGCUUCGCGACGGCGGCGGAGUGCCGCGAGGCGUGUGGCCACUGCAUACAGGGCAUGCACUGCAUGUUCCGUCGCGGCGGGCAGACCUCGCUGGCGGUGUCCCGGGAGCUGCUGGGCCGCCGCUUGGGCGAGGAGGGCUGCCAGCUGGUGUGCCAGCUGGUGGAGCGGACGCGCCUGCGGAUCAUCCAAGACUUCGGCCUGCCGCAGGACGCGCCGGAGAGGCCGGCGCUGUUCGAGAGCGGCGGGUUGUUGACGCGGCUGCAGGCGGAAUGGGAGCGGGACGUGUGGGAGAUUAGCGGCGAGGAGGAGCACGUGUACUGGAACGCGCACGUCGACAAGGCGAACGUGGCGUCGUACGACUACGCCGCGCUGCUCUACCUGAGCACGCAGGGAGAGCACCACGAGGGCGGCGACUUCGCCUUCAUCGACGCGGACGUGGACUGCGUUGUCUCGCCGAGGAGGGGGCGUCUCCUGGCCUUCACGGCGGGGCCGGAGAACCUGCACCAGGUGAGGCGGGUUACCCGCGGCACCCGGUUCGUGCUGGCGAUGUGGUUCACUUUGUCGGAGAAGCACCGCGGCGACUGA